AUGUCGCACGAUCUGAGUCCGCUCAAAGUAGUGCUGCCGGCCGGCAUUUGGCUACGACGGAGACUCAGACAAGGAUACAAUUUGACCUUGAUUAGUGGGACACGAGACAUGCUUCUUUUUGGCUUGCUGGGCCUGGAAUUCAACCCAUGGGACCUACCACUCAAGAAGGGUCGCUGCUACUCGGCCCUGUUAAUAGCUACAAAGGAUGGAAGAUUCGUGUCGUGUUCAUCGGAGUUCCUUCCACUCGGGGAAUUUGGCGGCGUCGACCGUCAACCAGAUUCCCUAAGGGACCAUUUCAGCGAGGACGGUACAGCAAGAACCGUUGACAUGAUGUACGGCAAGGAUCGGAUGUCGAUCUGGAUGCCUCUUACCGAGCAGUCAAUAUUCAGUCCUCUGAAUGUGCCGCAACCCGUAUUUCGUAGCGUCUGCCGGAACACGUAUCAAAAGAUUUUCUACAGCCACCUGCAAGAUGCGGACUCCUCGAUUCGGGGCCCGUUGAGUCAUGCUGAGGCUCACUACAAGCUGCCGUGGCACAUUUCCCAGGAGCCUACUUUCACGAUUGACGUGCUAUCGACGGACAAUAAGCGGACCUCGUCUAACAGAACGACUUCGUACCACAUUGAGCCUCCAAUCGACAAGAGCUGA